GUCAGCCAAGAACUGAAGUACUGACAGUCCACCUCUGGCGUCUGCCUACUCGGGACGUACCUUGCACUCCGUAUCCACGCACACUGCAGCAAUACCCACAUUGUUAGCACCAUCAUGUCCAACGGCGACGCAGCAGGCAAACCACCCACUAUCCUAGAAAAGAUCUAUGCCCAACGUCGGAAGGACGUCGACGUGGCGAAGGCGACACCGGGCACACGUCCAGAGGAGCUCGACGCGUACCUGCAGAUGGGCCUUGCCCCGCCCCUCAUCCCGCUCGUCCCACGUCUGAAGAGGAACCCAUCCACAUCGACCGCACGGCCCUCGCUCAGCCUCAUGGCCGAGAUCAAGCGUGCGUCGCCGUCCAAAGGCGACAUCGCGCCCUUCGUCAACCCCGCCCAGCAGGCACUGCUAUACGCGCAGGCGGGCGCAUCCGUCAUCUCAGUCCUCACCGAGCCGACGUGGUUCAAAGGCAGCCUGCUCGACAUGCGGCUCGCGCGCCAGGCAUUGGACGCGUUGCCCGACCGUCCAGCGAUCCUCCGCAAGGAGUUCGUGUUCUCCGAGUACCAGAUCGCGGAGGCGCGUCUGUGGGGCGCGGACACGGUGCUGCUCAUCGUCGCGAUGCUCGCGCAGGAGCAGCUCCAGCGGCUCUACGCGUACGCACUCUCCCUCGGCAUGGAGCCGCUUGUGGAGGUGAACAACGUGCGGGAGAUGGCGCGCGCGCUCGAGGUCGGGGCGAAGGUCGUCGGGGUGAACAAUCGGAACCUGCACGACUUCAGCGUGGACAUGGGUACGACGAGCGGGCUUGUGGACAUGGUGCGCGAGAAGGAUGUGCUGCUGUGUGCGUUGAGCGGGAUAAAGGGCCCUAAGGACGUGAGGGUGUACAAGGAGCAGGGCGUGAAUGGCGUCUUGGUUGGAGAGAGUUUGAUGCGCGCGGCGGACACGACGGCGUUCAUAAAAGAGCUGUUGGAAUGGCCGGACGCAUAGAGGAGGGCCAUGGCAAGUAAAACGAAAGGCAGUAGGUACUCAGACAUCGACUGUAGGUAUCACCGUUGACCGCGAACUCCACGAACCUGCUUGUGUGAAGGUCAUCAUGACGACCGUGUCGUAUUAUGUACAUAAUGCUUUUGUUCACGGUGAAGACCUGAGUUGUAUGUGAACUCCAUCUAAGAACAUAGGUAUGAGUCUAGAUGCACU